ACGCCGGGCGCGGAGAUGGUGCGGGCGACCGUCACCACGGCGGCAGACCUCCUCCUGGUCCGCAACGUGUCCCGGCGCGCGCGGCUGACCUUCGAGGCGCUCCGCGGGCACUACACCCGCCGCGGCAGCACCCGUCCCGACAUGGCCGCCCUGAGCACGAUGCUCUCCCGAAACCUCUGCCUCUACCGCGACAAGCGCAUCGUGGGCCCGGUCCCGGGCGUCUUCGUGGGCGACGUCUUCAACUACCGCGCCGAGCUCAUCGUGGUCGGCCUGCACAACCACACGCAGGCCGGCAUCGGCUACGUGCCCGCCAGCCUCGUCAGCGAGGGCCACCCCGUCGCCACCAGCAUCGUCUCCUCCGGGGGCUACCUCGACGACAGCGACGGCGGCGACGUGCUCGUGUACACGGGGAGCGGCGGCCGCCCGCGCAACGGCGGGGAGCACCACGCGGACCAGGCGUUCGAGCGCGGCAACCUCGCGCUGGCCUACAGCUGCAAGUACGGCGUCGAGGUGCGCGUCAUCCGCUGCCACGACUGCGACGCCAGCCCCAGCGCCAAGCUCUACGUCUACGACGGGCUCUACAAGGUCGAGUCCACCGCCUACGGCCCCGGCAAGUCCGGCCGGGAGGUCUGCAAGUUCAACCUCGUGCGCAUCCCCGGCCAGGAAGAGCUCGGCAGCAAGAUCUGGCACGCGUCCAGGAAGCUCGCCAGCAUGCUCGACGCCAACACCCGCCCGCCGGGAUACAUCACGCUCGACCUGGCCAAGGGCAAGGAGGCGGUCCGUAUCCCCGUCUGCAACACGGUGGAUCAAAACACCUCUCCCACUGAAUUUGAGUACAUUGCCCGUCCUGAAUUCCCGCCGUCAAUGGUGCCGCCCAAGCUGGCGAGGCGCCGCAGAUGCUGCAUUUAUUCAAAGACGGCGUGCGGCGGCGGGUCAUCAUCUUGCAGCUGCGCCUGCGUGAAGAGGAACGGCGGAGGCGGCCCGGCGUACAACGCCGACGGCACGCUCGUCAGGGGGCUGCCGGUGGUGUAUGAGUGCGGCGUCCUGUGCGGGUGUCCCUUGAGCUGCCCCAACCGGGUGACGCAGCGAGGGAUGACGCACCGGCUGGAGGUCUUCAGGUCCAGCGAGACGGAGUGGGGUGUCAGGACGCUGGACCUCAUCCAGCCGGGCGCCUUCAUCUGCGAGUUCACCGGAGUCGCCAUGGACACCGCUGGCAAUGCCACCGGCUCGUCGACGUACUGGGGCGGCAUCCUGGAUCCGAGGAAGUUUCCAGCAAGAUGGAGGGAGUGGGGCGACGCCUCCGCUGCCCUUACGGAUGAGGGACCUUCCCGGUUCCCGCAAUGCCCGGCACCGGAGUAUCUGCUCGACGUGUCUUUGAGGAGGAACUUCGCCACCUACAUCUGUCACAGUGGCGCGCCGAAUGCAUUCGUCGAGUUCGUGAUCCGUGGCGAUGAAAAUGAGUCCUGCCCCCACCUGAUGGUGUUCGCCAUGGAAACCAUCCCGCCGAUGUGCGAGCUGAGCAUCGACUACGGCCUUGAUCAAUGAUUAGCAAAGUUCUUGAAGAGAGUUUCAGUCAGCGAGAGGUUUAUGGAUGGUCAAGCAACAUUCUGAUUUCUGAAGCCGUUGGCUUCAUCGAUUCUUUUACUCUUGGUAUCUUGAUGGUGUAUAUGCUUGCUCUUCGUUUAGGUUGUCAUUCAUUCGCGGUCAUUGUUGGUG